AUGAACAGUGAAGAUUCAACAUUAAAACAAAGAAAGGAAUAUUAUGAUAAAUCAUUUCCUGUUGAAACAUUUUAUAAAUGGAUAACAAGAAAUAAAAGAUAUUCUGAUACAAGAGAAUUAUCAUUUACUAUGUUUGAUGAAAGUUAUAUUCGAUAUCAACACUUUAAAAGUAGUGAAGAGUUAAAGAGAAAAUUAAAAGAGAAAGUACCAAUUAAAUUUGAUAUUGGAGCAGUAUUUGAUAAAUUAUUAAUUGGAGUAACUAAUACACCUUUAUUAAGAGAAUUUGUUAUUGAUAUUGAUAUGGAUGAAUAUAAUGAUGUAAGAUAUUGUUGUCAAGGAACAAAUAUUUGUGAAAAAUGUUGGACAUUAUUAGUUGCUGCUGUUCAAGUAUUAAAUUAUAUUCUUCAUGAACAAUUUGGAUUUAAACAUAUUUUAAAUGUAUUUAGUGGAAGAAGAGGAAUUCAUAUUUGGGUAUGUGAUGAUAGUGCAAUGGAAAUGACAGACACAUUAAGAAUGAAUGUUGUUCAAUAUUUAAAUCUUUUUGAAGCAAAGAAUACAAAUUCAUUAAAUGAAUCAUAUGUAGUAAUUCCUGGACGUCAUGCAUUAUUUGAUGAUUCAUAUCAAAUUUUAGAACCUUUAUUCAAAAAAUAUCUUCAUGAUGAACAAAUUCUUGAAAGUUCUGAAAGACGUUCUCGUUUUAUUAGACUUAUUCCAACUUCAAAACAAUCUCAAUGUGAAGAAAAAGAAGAUUUAUCAUGGGAUUAUAGUGAUGAUCCUAAGGCAUUACAAAGAAUUGUUUUUACUUAUCUUUAUCCUAGACUUGACAUUAAUGUUUCUAUGAAAAGAAAUCACUUACUUAAAGCUCCUUUUUGUAUUCAUCCUGCUACUGGAAAUAUUUGUGUUCCAAUACCAUUUAAUAAAAUAAUAGACUUUGAUGUUACAAGAGUUCCUACAUUAAUUUCUGUUCAAGAGGAACAAGAAAAUAAAAUAGAAAUAAUACAAAAUAAUAAAAUGGAAGAAGAAGAUUCUUGUAAUGAUAGUUAUAAUGAUAUGGACGAAAAACAAAAAUAUUCAUACAAAGAAUUUGUACAAUUCUUUGAUUCAUUUGUGAAUGAUCUAAUACAAUAA